CUCACUCGACCUCGAGGGGGAAGGCAUUCUUGCGACCUGAAGAUUCAGGUCCGACUCUUUGUUGCAGCCCACAUUUUGACAAUGUCGUCAAGUCUUUGGAGGCCUGUAUCUCGUUUUUCGCGACCGCUAUCCAAGCUCCCUCGCCGAUGGAGUGGUUCCAUCUCCCAGCGCCCUGGAUCGGACCGAGUCCGAUUUCCAGGUGCGAUCAAUAGCAAGUUCACCACCGACAUGACCUUCGUCAACCCCGCCAACGCACCCAACAUCCCCACCUACCGCGUGAUGGACUCGGACGGCGUCCUGGUCGACAAGUCUCGGAAGUCGAUUGACGUGCCAAAAGAGGAGAUCUUGACAUGGUACAAGAACAUGUUGACUGUGAGCGUCAUGGACGUGAUAAUGUUCGAGGCGCAACGGCAAGGUCGCUUGAGCUUCUACAUGGUCUCCGCGGGAGAAGAGGGCAUCAGUGUCGGAUCAGCCGCCGCAUUGACGCCGGACGACGUGGUAUUUGCCCAGUAUCGCGAGACAGGGGUGUUCCAACAGCGAGGCUUCGCGCUGAAAGAUUUCAUGAACCAACUGUUUGCCAACCGGUAUGACAACGGCCGAGGCCGCAACAUGCCCGUCCAUUACGGAUGCAACUAUCCUCGAACCCACACCAUCUCCUCAACCCUAGCUACCCAAAUCCCCCAAUCCUCCGGAGCAGCCUAUGCCCUGAAACUCCAACGGCUUCAAAACCCCGACACCCCACCCCGGAUAGUAGCCUGCUACUUCGGCGAAGGCGCCGCCAGCGAGGGCGACUUCCACGCGGGGCUAAACAUCGCCGCGACGCGAUCGUGCCCCAUCGUCUUCAUCUGCCGAAACAACGGGUUCGCGAUCUCAACACCCACGCUGGAGCAAUACCGGGGCGACGGGAUCGCCAGCCGUGGACUCGGGUACGGGAUCGACACGAUUCGCGUCGACGGUAACGACAUCUUCGCCGUAUACGAGGCGAUGCGAAAGGCACGGAACAUCGCGCUGCAGGACGGCGGCAAGCCUGUGCUGAUCGAGGCGAUGAGCUACCGCGUCUCGCACCACAGCACCAGCGACGACAGUUUCGCGUAUCGCGCCCGCGUCGAAGUCGAGGACUGGAAGCGACGCGAUAACCCGAUCAUCCGGCUGCGGAAAUGGCUGGAGAAUGAAGGGCUGUGGAACGAGGAUCUCGAGCGCGAUACCCGCGAUCAGCUGCGCAAGGCCGUGUUGAAGGAAUUCGGGGAUGCCGAGCGCGAAAAGAAACCGCCGCUUCGCGAGGCGUUCGGCGGCGUGUAUGAGGAAGUCACUGAGGAAGCUGAGGCGCAAAUGAAGGAGCUCAAGCGUAUUCUUGAAACUUAUCCCGAGGAGUACGAUCUUCGUCAGUUUGAUGAGGGAAUUAAUGGUCUGUGAGGUUAGUUGGCCUUGUGAUUGGAUGUCUCCCACCCAGCGUAUAAAAGCCGAGUUUUGCAAAGAAUUAGCGUACGUACAGAACAGACACAGGACAAGAUACUGUUU